UCAUUUUGCGAGGACGUUCAACAAUUCAAUGAUUCGAAUAAAAUAUUGUUGAUCUAUUAAUAUUCGAUUAAUAAUAUCCAUUUAUAUCAGACCUUGGGGAUGGAUCAGAGUGACAAAUUGUUUUAAAAAUUCCCCGCCGUCUCAUGCGAUCCAAUGCCGCCAAAACAGUCGAAUGCUAAUAUUUCCAAAAACACGCCCGUCGAACCACUACUUUUUUCGUUCAUUUCCCUUGAAUAUGAGUCAUACACAUAAAAAGAUUAUCAUCCAGUCGCUUGAGACAUCGGGACUAGUCACCAGUAAAGGAGGAUGGGUCCGCAUUUUAAUCGGAGAUAUGUGUACUACCUUAAAUCCAUUGGUACCUGUACUGUCAUAGUCGGAUGCAGAAUGAAUUUAACUCUAGGGGAUGCUGGUUUUUCUAUCAAGUGGGACGAACAACGCAGAUACUUGGCUCCUCAGUUGCUACCAAUGUUCUCAAUUUGGAAAAGCCCCAGGCUCAAUACAUCUACAUCGAUCACCCUCGUUACAAAGAUAUUUUCAUGUUUCGUGAAGAAAGCAAAGAUCCGUCUACAUCCACAAUGGAGAAAAUCAAUGGUCAUAGAUACAAAAUUACCAAAUGGUGGAAAUCACUCAAUCGCAAUAUAGCUUACAAACUUUUGAGUAUGGCAAAAAAUGGUGACUGGGAUACAAGAACCAAAGCAGUUCGUACUCUGUGUUCUAUGAAACAUUUGAAAGAUUGGGACUAUCGUCAAAUGGCUCAAAUGCUUGAUGCUAAAACCGCGGUGGCACUUGCGAGGGUUCCAGAGACAGAUCUCAGAUUUUUUUUGAAGCCGCCUUAUUAUCACACGAAGCACAAACUCUACGAUCUCAUCGAGUAUCUUCAUUUACUGAUGAAUAAAAUGGAUGCGAUGUGCGAGAGUACUCAUCCUUGUCUCGUACAGUUCUUGAACAAAAAAUUUCGUGAUACUUAUCGCGAAGGAUUGGGUUUUGAUCACGAUCUGUCCAGUGUCGGCCUUGCAGUCACACCGGCGAUAAUUUGGAAUCACGAGUUGCUUAAAAACUGUAUUGCAACGAUUCAUCAUCACUCUUCGCUCGAGCAAUGUGGAAAAGAUAUUGCAGAUGUGGGAGGACUGCCAAUUCUCAUUGACGUUCAAAAAAUCUUUGCCAACAACAUGGAAAUUUGUAUUCUACUUGCUAAAAUAAUCUCAAACUUGUCACUCCACUGUGAAUAUCUCGAGGAUAUAUUCAGAUCCGGGUGGAUCGGUAUAUUGGCUGCUUGGUCUCGUCAUCCUGAUGUCCGGCUUUCCGCUCCUGCUUCGCGUGCUCUCGCUAACCUCGAUACUGACGAAAAUCCCAAUGAGAAAUAUCCACGAAGGGUUUAUCUGCUCCAUCCGCAGCACAGAGUCACCAACAGCCCUAAGCUCGAUGUUAUUUUUAUUCAUGGUCUUCUUGGGGGCGUUUUUGUUACCUGGAGGCAAAGAGAUCUAGAAGCAUCGUCAUCCAGAUUCGUAGAAACGCCAACAGCUUAUUUCACCUCGGACACGUUACACGCUGUAAUCGGUGAUCAUCCUCAAGAAUUUCUGAAAGAUUUGGCACGGGACUUGAAGCAGAGAGAAUGGAAACGCAUUGGUCACGAUUAUGAGGUCGUGCUUGAUGACUGUCCGGAAAACAUGAAUGCUCGAGCCACCGGACCUUUUACUUGUAGAGGAGAUGCAGAAUGCAUGGAACAAGCUGAAUACGAUAAUACUCACAGAACACAGUGCUGGCCUCGUGACUGGUUACCAAAAGACGUGUCGUCCCUUCGAGUUCUUGGAAUCAAUUAUGACACUAAUUUGUCCAUGUGGAAUCCGGCAUGCCCUUUCGAAACCAUGAGAGCAACUCUGGACGAAAGAAGCGAUGAAUUUGCGAAGAAACUUCCACUUUCGGGGGUUGGAAAACGCCCAGUUGUCUGGGUUUGUCAUUCCAUGGGGGGUCUUCUGGUUAAAAAAAUGUUGGUCAAAGAAUGGAAAAAUGGAGAUAAAAACGGUCUGUGUAAGAACACAAAAGCCAUCAUUUUUUACAGCACUCCACAUAGAGGCUCGCAUGUUGCCGCUUUAAAACAUACAACUCAGAUGGUCGUUUGGCCUUCUGUCGAAGUCCAGGAGCUUCGGCAAGAAUCCCCUGCUCUUAUGGAACUUCACGAAGAUUUCCUCAAUAUGUUGAAAAGUUACGCGAUUGAUAUCGUGAGUUUCAGCGAAACAAAAUCGACACUCGUUACUGCAUUGAAGUUUCCUUUUCAGUUUGUUACUCCAUAUUCCGCUGAUCCUGGAGUUGGCGAAUUUUUUGAAAUUCCUCAGAAUCAUUUGACGAUCUGCAAACCGGCAAACAGGCAAUCCUUCUUGUACCGGAAAGUUUUGAGCAUAGUAAGGCGGCACGUCCCAACAGAGAAUUCUGCAAGAAGCAAGAAGCUUUUAGCCAAGUUGCUAUCGUGGACAGAAUGAGUAUAUUGACUGCUCCAAGUACUAAAGCAGCUGAUGAAAGCUUUGAUACUCAUUUUUAUACAAUCAUACACUUAGAAACGUGCGAUCUACACAUGAAAAAUUUCGAUUCCAGAAUAAUUGCUGUCAUAGAAUGAAUGUAAAGUAAAAGGAAAUGUGAUAUUACAAGUGUUGGAAAAUUAAAGGAUGAGUCGGAAUGAA